GGAACCAGAGGAGGAGAAGGACAGGACGAGGAUAUUGAUGAUUGGGACGACUGUGGAUUAGAGGAGAUGCUUCAAAAUGAGGAAGCGUCCAAACUGUUUGAGAGCAUAUGCUUAGAGCAAGAGACCCAUCAGACUAACAGCAGUAGCAGUACAGACACUGAUGGUCAGUGGGUUGGAGAGGAGACUGACUGUAUGAUAAUAGACAAUGAAGGAGGAUCAAUGUCUACUGGUGGAGAUGAUCAAUAUACUGAUAUUCCUCCUCCUACAAAGGAUCAUGUUGAUAAACUGAAGGAAUCGUUUGGUCACUCGAAUUUUAAACCUGAGCAGUGGAGGAUCAUACACUCUAUACUGAAGGACAGGAGGGACACUUGUGCUGUCAUGGCAACAGUCGCGAAUUGUCCCCAUUUUGAACUUGAUCAUUGA